AAACCCCAGUUGCCAUUUUCCUCUCCCUUGCAAGAAACACCCACAACCAUAUUCAAAGAAAUAUUGAAAGAAUUCAUGGCAGAAGUGGGUGAAGCUACUUUAUGUUGUGCUCAAUGUGGCAAGCCCGCUCAUCUUCAGUGUCCCAAGUGCGUGGAGUUAAAACUUCCUCGUGAAGGAGCUGCUUUCUGCACGCAGGACUGUUUCAAGGCAUCUUGGAGCUCUCACAAGUCUGUCCACUUGAAGGCAAAAUUAUCUUCUCUGGCAGCUGAAACUUCAGGAACAGCCUCACCUAGUGAUGGUUGGCUAUAUUGCUUGAGGAAAGGACAGGCUCGAACACCCAAACUUCCGCAUUUUGACUGGGCUGGGACACUAAGGCCCUAUCCGAUAUCAAAAAAGCGUGUUGUACCUGAUCAUAUUGAUCAACCUGAUUGGGCAGAUGAUGGUAUCCCAAAAAUUGAACCCAACAGUGAUUUACAGCACGUCGUUGAGAUCAAAACUCCAGAGCUGAUUGCGAGGAUGAGAGAAACAUGCCAAAUAGCAAGGGAAGUUCUGGAUGCAGCGGCUCGUAUUAUUCGACCUGGCGUGACAACUGAUGAAAUUGAUGCGGUGGUGCAUGAGGCUACUGUUUCCGCUGGUGCAUAUCCAUCUCCAUUGAAUUAUCAUUUUUUCCCCAAGUCAUGCUGCACGUCAGUCAAUGAAGUUAUCUGCCAUGGGAUUCCAGAUGCAAGGGAAUUAAAGGAUGGUGAUAUUGUAAAUGUUGAUGUUACUGUAUAUUACAAAGGGGUUCAUGGUGAUCUGAAUGAAACCUUCUUUGUUGGUAAUGUUGAUGAAGCAUCUCAACGGUUAGUCCAGUGCACAUAUGAGUGUUUGGAGAAAGCAAUAUCAAUUGUUAAGCCUGGGGUACGGUUUCGGGAAAUUGGGGAGGUCAUCAAUCGACAUGCUUCAAUGUCUGGCUUAUCUGUGGUGAAGUCAUAUUGUGGUCAUGGCAUUGGAGAACUUUUUCAUUGCGCACCAAACAUUCCACAUUAUUCGAGAAAUAAAACAGUUGGCGUCAUGAAAGCUGGCCAAACUUUUACAAUUGAACCUAUGAUUAAUGCUGGUGUUUGGCGUGAUCGCAUGUGGCCUGAUGGAUGGACUGCUGUGACAGCAGAUGGGAAACGAAGUGCUCAGUUUGAACACACUCUCCUGGUCACAGAGACUGGAGUUGAAGUACUCACAGCACGCCUACCGACAUCUCCCAAGGUGUUCCCUUGGCUGAGUUCUUGAUUCGUGGUUUGCAUUCUUUUGGUGCAGCAUUUAGCAAUUGAGGAUCCAGCCAGUCAUAAAAAAUUUCAGUGACGAGUUAGUCUAUUUAUGUGUGUCAAAUGUAUUUUUUAAUUGGUUGGCUUUUGAAAUUUUGGUCUUAAAGGUCGUCUAGUUUGUAGACUGAGAAUCAGAGUUAACUGGAUGAACGAAUCAGUCUUUUCUCGAGUCAAAUGCUAUAAUGAAGCUGAAGCUUUUGGAUAUCUGAUUUCGUAUUGGAUUAAGCUCUAUCUAAGGGGCUUGCACGGUUUGCCGUUGAGAAAAAACAAUUCCAUUAUUUAACGUUUUGUAUAAUUAAUAUAAUGUUUGUAUUUUGGUAUAAAACUUUGAAUUACUAAGUA